AUGGAAGAAGAAAUUAAUAUACCGAUUAAUAUAUCGAUUCCUCAUUACCCUCCGUUUAAACUUAGGUCCUCUCUCAUAGACAAGGACCCAGUGAUAUGGGUACAUUUGCUUGAGGCAUACAUUAGAUUGUUUAAAUUCUUGUUGAGUAAAGAUGAGGAUGCAACUAAGAUAUUGUCCAUAAAAUCGCAACAACAACUACAGUUGUUUUUGAAGGUAUUCUUGUACGAGACUGCUCAUGAAGCAACGCAAAUCUUUUCUUUGGGAGCCAUAAAUCCUGAUAUUAAAGAGAAUACUUAUCAGUUGAAGGUUUUUGUAUUCCAGUUUUUAAGAAAUUAUAGUCUAGUAAAACUUCAGUUAACCGGUGAAGCAAUUUGGCAUUUCAUAUCUAUUUAUGUAUUUAGUAAUCCCAUAUUUGUAAGAGGACUAGUUGAUGGGUCCUAUAAAUCCAAAUUCAAUGACAACAAGAAGUCUGGAAGUAUCAGUUGCAUUAGUUUAUUGCAAAAGUAUCUACAAGACUCAAUUUUGAACGGGAAUUUUACUAACGCUGAUUUGUCGACAUUAUCAUUUUUAUUAGGUCAACAUGGAAGCGGUACAUCUAAAACAUUUAGCUUAUCAGGACCAGGAACAACUUCGACUGUGGUUAAUAAAAAAGGAUCUAAUUCUCUUUCGUUUGCGGAAGAGUUUGCUAAUCCAAAAUGGAUUGAGAUUCUUGAAAAGCUGUACGCUAAUGGAAUGGCAGUUGGUUCAGAGACUAGUAAAAAAUUAAUGAUAACAUCGUUAGUAUCAUUAUCUGUUGCAAAGAUUGCUAAAUUGGCGUUGGAGUUAGGUAUUAAAAACUCGAAAACAUUGAUCAUUAGCCCGCUCUUCAGUAGUAUAAUAAUAUCUGAACCAUUUAAAGAAUUAGUUCCUGGCUUGGAAGAGAGAUCACAAUUCUUGAGAAAGAUAAGACUUAAAACUUAUGAUGACACCGAAGUCAAUCUUAUAGAGAAUAAUCUCCCUAGUGAUGAUCAAAUUCUUUUCUUACAAGAAAUCUUUCCUACCCUCACGAAAAGUAAGGCCACUACAAUAUUGUUGGAGAAUAAUGGGAACGUGGAGACUGUGACAAGCAUUCUUUUAGAGAACCCCAAUUUAGUAGAAACAAUUGAAGAAUACAAAGCACCUCAAGCAAGCAGAUCAGGUAAAAAGGAAAAAGCCAAGAUCUCACAAUCAUUGAUUGAUAGAUUUUCUAACGUCGGAUUCGAGAAGGAUGCAAUAAUGAGUAGGCAGAGGAAGGAUAAAUCAGUAGACCUCACUGAAGCGCAAGCCAAGGAAAAGACUUUAACUAAUGUACUCAGAAUGAUGUACGAUAGUGACGAAGAUGAACCAGAUGAUACUUAUGAUGAUCUGUUAGCAACAGUGGGUACCGCGGCAACCAGUGAUGAAUCGAAAUCGUCAUCUAAGAGAGGUGGUGCUUCAAGUAAUAGGUUAGCAGUAUAUGUUGACGAUAAUGACGAAGAAAAGCUUGAUGGAGUAGAUGGGUUGGGUAAUUCAAUUAUCUCGAAAGUCAAUCCUGCUACUUCACCUCCUCCAACCAUAUCAAGAAUCUCCCAACAAGAAAGAAUCUUAUUUGCCGAGUAUAAGGUUUGUGGAGCCCCACUUUUUGCCAAAGAAGCUAGAAACGAAGAGUCUAAAAUGUCUUCUUCUAGAAACAUAGUGAAACGAGAGACAGGCUGGUCUGAUGAAAAGAUUGAAAACUGGUUUAAAAUGGUUUCAAGGUCUCCCAAUACUUUCAAAGCAUUAGAAGAGGAUUACUACUAUAAUGGUAACCCAAAUAAAAGAAACAAUAUUCCAAUAACUGCCAAUUCUGUCAAGAAGAAGUUCACCCCAAAACCAAAGGUGCCAGUAAAAAAUGCUCGUGCAAAGAACGAGAAGAAUAAGGCUUCAAAGGCAAACCAUAAUAGAAAGUCUGGGCAUAAUAGCAAGACUAGAAAUGAAUUGGCUGGAAUGCAGUAA